AUGGAGGAAAGCGGUACUUCAACUUAUUCGAAAAUGUUACACUUCAGGCCAGACGCGAUGGAGUCAGGCCGGUCCGCUGGUCGUCGCCUCUACGGUCUUUCAGUACUUCUAUCGCAAUUCGGUGUUCCUGCUCUGAUAUCGUCCAUCUGCUACUGGCUUAUUAGUCAGGUGAUGUCGUCACAAUUGGAACGACGACGAGGUCACACACUCCUCAAGGAGUCUGAGGAGAAGCUUGUGAAUAGGAAAGCUCGUGCAAACAGGAUGAUGAUUGCUAUGGUGCUUGGAUUCAUUUUUGCAUGGAUGCCACUGAAUGCUAUUAAUAUGUAUCGUGAUUGGGGUUCAUUCACCAAUAAACCAUGGUUUUCAACGGUGUUCGCCUUAUGUCAUGUAUCAGCGAUGACAUCGGCGGCUUUGAAUCCGGUGAUAUAUUCGUGGUUCAACCCACAGUUCCGUAAAGCCAUCCAAUCGUUGUGCCGUGGUGAUGGAAAGACGGUGAAAAGCAAAUUCCACACGGAUACUCAUACCAGACUUGCUGAGACACCACAACGAGAGAAAGCUCAAGCCGCAGUUUAUCGCUGA